AUGAGCUUUACGUUCCUUCAUUGCGUUGUUGAUACGUGUGCUAGUAGCAUCCCCGAUCAUAAUGAUGAUCUGCAAAGAGAAACAUUCUUCUAUCAAUGUGCAAAGCAGGCGUUGCUGUGUAUGGCCAAUGUUUGCACAUUUCCUCCAUCCAAAGAAACACUCGAAUCUGCAGACAUGAUGCUGAAGAGCAAAGAGCAUAUGAAUCGCCUUCAAGCUAAAGCAAAUGCUAUAAAUUCAGAUAGAAUUGCGCGCGUCGAGGCGCGGAAACAACGAACUUUAAAGAAAAUAUCAGCGCAGGUCCAAAAAGAAACGCUAAAACAGCGAACAACCUCAAAGAAAAACCGCUCCCAACUUUCUCCACUCGAUCAGGAUGCGGAAGAAGAUGACUUUGGCGUACAUGUAGCAGACUCUGACAACGACGAGCAGGCUCAAAGAAGGAAGCGGUAUCUUCCGAAAUCGCCGCUGGCUAGGAAAAAUACCAAAAAACAACGGCCAGGAAAAGCCCGCAGAAUUCAAGCGAAAAAUCGCGCAAACAGGUAUACUGGAAACGAGGCUGAAAACCUUGCCCACCAAAAGUCGAUUCUUGUCACCCAAUUGCUUCCAAAAAAGCAUCAAAUUUCCAUCAUCCAUUCGACAAAAUACAGAAAAGGCGCGUGUGAAAAUUGCGGUUCGGCAACGCAUGCACGUCGUGAUUGUCUGGAGAGACCUCGAAAGAUCGGUGCGAAAUGGAGCGGCCAAGAUAUUGGUCCUGACGAGAUACCAUCGAUCCCCAAAGAUGAGAAUCCACCGGUGCUUCCAGGAAUCAAGCUUUUAUCAAAUUACGAUGAAAAGCGCGACAACUGGAAGAAUUUUGAGUCUACCACUUUCAAGGAGCACGUUGAGCCCCUAUACGAAGGUCUACUGUCUCGAUUUGUCUCCAAAGAUGCUUCUAUGGAGCAGGAGGUCGACACAAUUGUAAACCAAAAGCUUGAUUUCGAAUCCAAGUCUAGAAUGACCGUGAGAAACCUUCGAAUCCGCGAAGAUACGGCAAAAUACUUGCAAAAAAAUGUUUCCAAAGAAGCCAUUUAUGAUCCCAAGACACGCUCUCUUAGAGCACCCGAGUCCGGAGGGCCGAUACAAGAAAGAUGGGUACGUGCGUCGUUUUCGGAUCUGUCACAGUUGCCAACCGAACUUGAUCUAUUCUGCUGGGACCCAAAUCGCAAAUCGACGCUUCUCCCGCAGACAUCGCCUACACAGGUGGCCCUUGAAUUUGAACGCUACAAAAAGACAGCUGUCAACGCAAAGAAUCAAGGCUCUGUGGAAAUCGAUAGCGAACCAGCUGCCAGUGCUUCUACAGAGGAUUCCAAGCCAUUUGUUCCAAUUCCUACGGACGAGAACAGGUCUUAUGCAACACAUUCGUCUGCGUGGGGGUCGUUUUGGAACGACGGUUCUUGGGGCUAUGCCUGUUGCAAGUCCUUGGAUCGGAAUUCAGCAUGUGCAAACCGCUAG